AUGGAUAAGCCACCCAUUCCACCUCCUUCCGUUACCAUCACAACCCCUCCUCCAUCCAACGAUAAAACCGCAUCCUCACUCACCGAUACGGCUUCUAUAAAUACCACGUCUCAUACGACAACGACUCAUACUACUUUCAAAUCCACUACUCCUACUCCUACUCCUACUCCUACUCCUACUCCUACUCCUACUCCUACUCAUACUACUACUACUACUACCACUACUACUACUACCAACAACGACGCUCAUCCACAAACCGUCGUACCUAAUCAUGAACCCCAUACUGAAAUACGCGACGGUAUUGAAUGGGUGAGCUUUGUCUAUUCUCAUCAUCGUGUCCUUCGUCGGUAUUCCAUUCGUACAGAUAUUGAUCAAGUCGAUAUUAGUCUAUUAGAUGAAAAAUUUAAGAGUGAAAAUUGCGUCUAUCCUCGUGCUAAUCUUUCUCGUGAAGAAUAUCAAGGCAAUCGUUGGGCUUAUGAAACAGAAUGCAAUACCUUGGGUUGGAAAUUGGCCUAUCUCAACUCGUCUGAAAUUGCUGGUAAAAGAGGUCUGAUCCAACGUGCGGUGGAUUCUUAUCGCAAUCGUUAUCCUAGUAUGCGCUCUCGUCGUGUGGCUCGUCAAGAAAAGUUGCUCAAAGGUACCUUACGUAAAAGAAAGCAACGCGAUCCUACUGCCACUGCUGCUGCGGCUACUGCUGCUGCUACUGCCACUACCACUCCUACGUGUACUACUCCCUCUUUACCAAAGACAGUGACCAUCGACGAUGGUCAUGGUCAAGGAGGCAAAUAUCGUAUCCGUAUCAAUGUGGAUUCUGUCUCUUUGGAUUCCAUCGAUAUGGCUUUUCGUAAAGCCAAUUGUGUCUAUCCUCGUGCCAUGGACAUCAAUACGUUGUCUCCUUUUGCCUCUCAACGUCAAUUGGAAGAAGCUCGCUGCAAUGAAUUGGGCUGGAAAUUAGCCUGGUUGAAUCCCAAACAACUGGCCAACCGUAAAAACUUGCUCCAACGUGUCUUGGAUGUGUAUCGUACGAAAUUCAUGCCUGCCUUGAAUCCUCGCAAGAACUCUCUCCGUAUUCCUAUGAACCCGCCCAAUCCCAAACCCAAUGACAUGGUGACGCCCACGCCCCUCACCGCCGCUGCUUUGGCCGCUCAACAACAACACCAAGAGCAACAACAACCGUUACAAGAGAGUGAUUCUUUGUACAGUGGUACUACAGACUCUCUUGAUUUCCAUGAUUGUUUCUCU